GCAUGGGGGACGUUUUCUGACGUUGUACUGAUUUCUCAUAAUACGGUAAAAGGGCCCAUGAUGAAUGUUGUUUUGGCGUUGCUACUCUGGGCUUGUUGAAACUCGUCGCUAGGCUUGCCAGGGGGCAAGAUUGUCGCCCGUUGGACGCGAUCCGCCCAGAGGAAGGACAUGAUGAUCCGUCCAUGUAGCGCACAUGAUCUCCCCGGAUCGCCCGUCAAGCAGGAAACAGUGGCGGCGCUGUCGAUGCCGUCAGUCUUGAGCGUAGAUGCAGAUGGGCGGACGAUGCGGAUGUCGUCUGGCAGGAUUUGGCAGUGCUGGUGGCACCCGCGCUCGGCGCCAACCUCCCUCCAAGGGACGCCAACACCGCCGUAAUACUUGGCGCU